AUGCGCGGUCAUGAGCAAGGGCGUAUCGACUCGCCGGUUUUGAUUCCGCUUCUUGACCGUGGAGAGUUGCGUUCAACCCCAUUGGACUUAUGGACUUGGAUGCUCCAUAUCAACCUUCGUCCAUCCUCGAUCAUGGCAGAACAGUCAUUGCCAUCUCAGCUCUCCUCCAAGGCCCCCAUCGAUAGUGGCCGCUACGAAGCAAGCUCUUUGCUGGAUCAUCGGUACUUCCCUCACAUCAUCGACCUCAUCUUCGCAUCCAUGCCGUAUCCGGGUCUUGUCAACUGCGCAAGUGUCUGCAAGGCGUGGCGCGAGAAGGCAGAGCCUUAUCUACUCAGUCACGUCGCCAUCUUCGAAAACGAAGACAAUGAUGUCGUGAUCCGCAGCCGUGAUAUGGGGUGGCCGGACAAGUCGUCACUUGUGAUCGCGGAUUCUUUCAUGUAUAUUGGCGUCCUGCGCAGAGUUCGCCGUGCCUCGAUAGUGGACAGCUUCUACAUGAACUUCGAGAGUUGGCAGGCAUUGGGGCCGACCCUUUGCUGGCCGACGACGUUUCACCGGCUGCUCAAUCCAGACAAUGCGGCAGGAAAUCGUCAGCGACUCCACAGGACUGAGGACAUCAGUGGCCAGCUCGGCUGGAGAGAUGUGGCUCACUUCAUCGAUUUCUCUGGCGAAACCUUCGUUUUCGCUUCCAACUGCGCAUUCUACCCAACGACCCUCACUCUGAGCAUCGACUGCUACAGCAAUCCAACCCUGCCCGAGAAGUGGAUAUUCACAUAUCCCGAGGCUGGGCUCUACGACCUUGUCUCAGACUCCGAGGUCGUGGAAAACUACACAUUGAUUUUCAAAAACUGCCUCAAUCACAAAUGUCCCGAGGGCUGGUUCGCGAGCAGCUAUACACCCGUGGCAGCCCCCAACGCCGACAGGCAAAGGCAAAGUUGCCAAAACAGCAAGCUCGGGGCUGUCUGUGAGCUUCUACGUCUUAUCUCAACGCGUGUUCAUAUCAAUACCAUCUCUGUUGUCGGUUUGGAGGAGUUCCUGUCUUACGAGAACUUCGUGCCGUUCCUGCAUGAGGUCUGCUGGGAUAUCGGAUGGGAGACAGGGGGAGGAAUCGGUGUUACAGUCGAGAACGGCGUGCCGUGUCUUGGGGAGUAUCUCAAAUUCUACAGCCACCAUGACUACGAGAGUAUGGUUGGAGAAGAGCGCUACCGCCUUUUAACGAUCAGGUCUUUGAUCCCGCGACCACUUCUCUAUGAUCCUACGUGGAGAAAGCGGUGCGCAGCUCACAGUCCAUCAUCCACACUUUCCCUCCUUAUCACCAUUACUCGAUACACCAUGGCAAGGGAACGGGCCGGCGACAAACCUGCUCAAGACACAAAGUUAAUCGACGAACGCAAACCCCUUGUCACGAUUGAUUACCGCUGCUUUCCGCACAUCAUCGACCUCAUUCUCUCAUCACUGUCAUAUGUCGGCCUCAUCGUCUGCUCGGCAGUCUGCAAAGACUGGAGAAGCCAGCUGAGACGCCGUCUCUUCAAGCACGUUGCUGUCUUUGAUUCGAUUCUAGACGAUGAAACCACCGUGGUGAGAAGCAGAAGCUUGGAUUGUCCAAAGACAUCGGCCGUUCUGGCCAUAAACGAUGCCUCCAACGUCGACGACUUCCGCAACGUCUUCCGAUCCACCACGGUCGAUUACUAUAGAAGCUACGAGGCCUACAACACCUGGAAGAUAUUUGGUCCUACGUCCUGCUGGCCUCAAUUCUUCUGCCGCCUUCUCAUUCCUGAUACCUCCAGAGGCCCCAACAAUUUUACAGCCGUCUUCCGGACCACGUCCGAACUAUGCUUGUCGUCACCCUCUGUCUCUAUUCUAAGCAUUGCCUGCUACACCAACCCGACCGCCGUCGAGGACCUUAUCUCGUUCUCAGCGUUAUCUGAGGGGUUCAACCUCCUCAAUGACCUAAGCGAGGUCAGAACCUGCACCCUCGUACUCAAGGACUGUCUCACCCAGAAGCCAUCGUACAUCCGCAACACAGUGGAUCGUUCACCUGUCGUCUUUCCUUGGGAGCUCGGCUAUCAUCGUUAUGAUCCACGAGCCCCCCCUCCCGGGGCUGUGAGUGAGUUGCCCAUCCUCAUGCUGGAACACACUCCCGUCCAACGAAUGACUAUCGUUGGUUUGGAAGCCUUUGUGCCAGUUCAACAUCUCGCCUCCUAUCUCCGCGACAUCUGUUACCAAAUGAUGGCAGCAACAGGUACGGCCAUUGCCCAUGGGGACGGCGUGCCGCAUAUCAAAGGGCUGCUCGAGUUCUACACCCAUGCUCAGUACCGUGACAUGGUUGGGAAGGAGCGCUACCGUCUCAAGACCGUGGGCUAA